UUUUUUCUUUUCUCUCUUCCUUUUUUUUUACUUUUUCUAUUUCAUUUUCAUAUUCUUAUGAAUUUAUUGUAUAUUUUAUAAAAAACAAGUGUUAUCUUGCCGUCACAUAUUUUUAUAUACACUGAUACCACACCAAUUACAAAAUGAUUAGCGCUCCUUCUACCACCUCAUCUAGAUUAUUUGAUAACAAUAAUAGCAGUCAGAGAAAUCAUUUCCUGUCAAUUCCAUGGCUACAAAAGAAGCAAAGUAGCUGGUCUCUGCGCUCAUUUACAAAGAAUCGACAAGGAUCUAUAUCAACUGCUUCUAUUGCUCUAUCUGUUGCUUCCACUACAUUUUCUACUGAAUCGUCUAUAGCCGAAUCAACCAUUACGAUACCCGAAGAAGAAGAGGAAGCAUUACCACCACCCCAUUAUGAAGAUCCAUCACAUCCUUGGGUGUUCAACUUUCCCAAAUCAUACGCCAAUAGAGUCAUUUUACCAAGAGAAGAAGAAGGACGUGAAGUAUUGCCCCAAUACAGUUGUGAGAUUGAUAAGACAUUGUACAUACACGUCAAAUGUGAAUUCAGCCAACCCAACGUGAAGUCAAAAAAUAGAUCUUGGAAGGAUCUUUAUGUUACUGUUUACGGUACAAAGAUCAUGGCAUAUCAUCGCAAUCCUAAGGGCAAGAAAAAGGUAGAUCCCAUCUGGUCCUAUUCCAUGCAAGGCGCUGAAGUCACUGUGCCAACAGAUUAUUUGAAAUAUCAUCAUGUCAUACGAUUACGGAUAGACAAUGGUCCUCAAUUUUUAUUUAAUACACAAACGGAAUUCGAAAGAAAUGAUUGGUUGGGUGUGAUAGAAUCUGCUAUUCAUGUCAGUUCUGAUCUUGAUGUUCGAACCAUGCCGCAGUUUGUCACAUUGGUUAGCCGAAGACGUAGACGUCGUCCUAGACCUACUGCCGAAUAUCGUGAAACUCUUGUAUAAAUUAUGUAAAUCUCUCCUCUCUUUUAUAAAUAAAUCAAUGUGUAUAGAUAAUGGAUGAAA